UUUGCGUGUUGUAUAUUCAAAUGAGCUAGUUGACUGGACGAACGCGGGCCAAUCAGAAGCCAUCGUAUCAUUACACCUUCUUUUCGGAAAUCAUUCAUAACACAGAUGCGUCAAACAUUUUUACAAGACUCCGGUAUAUAUACGGCCCCGCGCAAGGACUAGUUAGUCAUUUCUCCAAAAUCAAAGAAGAGACUACGGAAUAGGAGCGAAUCUUAGUUAUUUCUCCUUUACCUAAUCUUUGAAAACUCUACUAUUCCUUCAUAUUUGAUAUUUAGUCCACCGGACUCUUCGUUUGCCAUGAAUGGAUUAUUUCUAAGAAAUGUUUUUGUGGCAGCAGCGGUAUGCUGCUCGGUUUUAGUCCGGUUGGCACUUGGGUCCCCGGUGUUAGUGCAAGAGCCGAUCCGAUGCGCUCCAUGCUCACCGGAAAAACUGACCGAAUGCCCGGUGGUGGCGCCCGGCUGUGCGGAGGUUCUGCGUGAGCCGGGGUGUGGAUGCUGCCUCGCCUGCGCUCUGAAGACGGGGGAAAUGUGUGGAAUCUACACGGCACCAUGCGGGUCCGGAUUGAAGUGCACCCCGAGACCCGGCGACCUCCGGCCACUACACUCCCUCACUCGUGGCCAAGCGGUAUGCACCGCGACUUCCGAGACUGAGAGGAGCCCUGUUCCCCAAAACCAAGAAGUGCAGUCUGGCGAUUUCUACAGGGUCUUCCACUUCUUCACACCAUCAUUUUCGAAUUUUCUAGACCAAGAAGAGGUGGAUGAUACUGAGACGGAGAACGCUGCCACGGUGUCAGACCCCGGCUCCAGCCUUCACCUCCCAGGUCACAGCAAGCCGUUCGAUGCCCGUGCCGCCGCGGACACACAGGAGAGCAUGAAAGCCAAAAUUAACGCAAUCCGGAAGAAACUGGUGGAGCAGGGUCCCUGUCAUAUGGAGUUGCUGAGAGCCCUGGAGAAGAUUACAAAGUCACAGCAGAGGCUAGGAGACAAACUGACCAGGUUUUACCUGCCAAACUGUGACAAACAUGGACUAUACAAAACCAAACAGUGUGAGUCAUCUCUUGAUGGACAGAGAGGCAGGUGUUGGUGUGUGUCUUCUUGGAAUGGAAAGAAGGUUCUGGGAUCCACCGAUCUGCCUGUAGAUGCAGAGUGCCCUUAAUAGAUCACUGACGGAUUCACAACACACAACCACUGGUUUUCUUCUGUUAGCUGUUAUUUAUUCAUUGUCCAUAGUGGUGUUUGAUAUUCAGGUACACACUGUCUAUGUGGGGCUGACAUCUCUGACCCUGCCCCUCCCCACCAAAGAGAAAAUCUAUAAAAUAAGUAGAUUUGGGUAUUUUUAUGCAUUUUCUUUGACUACACAGCCUUAUUUAUUUAACAUUCUUGUGUUUUAAUUUUGUA